CCGCCUGUUUUGUUUUGCGACAGAAAUGAACUGUGACGUGUGGAAAGCGGCCCCCGUGAGGUCUUCCAGCUGCUCCAGCAGCAACCACAGUGGCGAUGGGAGCUGGGAUCCCCCGAGUGACUUUUCCACCCCCUCCACCCCUUCACCGCCCCUGACCGCCGACAUCACGACCAGCAUCCUGUCCUCCCUGCAGUCCGACCUGGAGGAAACGGAAGCCACCCAGUUUCUCUUUGGGGAGCCAGUACCCAGGAAGAGGAAGAACUCCACGAAAGUGAUGUUCAAGUGUUUGUGGAAGAACUGUGGGAAGGUCCUCAGCAGUUCCUCGGGGAUGCAGAGGCACAUCCGAGCCAUUCACCUGGGGUAGGUCAGCCUCUUGGUCAUUGGGAAGACGCGUCUGUGUGGUGGCAGGCAUGAAUAGGUUGACUUCUGAGAAGGGAGUUCCACAGGAUCUAC